AUGCCAGAGAAGGAAUUAAACUACAUCACCUCGCGUGAGGUGGCUGGGUCUGAUGGCAAGGACGGUGGAGUGUACAUUGACGCAUUUGAUGCUCAAGAUUCACAACCACCUUUGAAGGGAUGGGCCAAGUUCAAGGACAGUUUCAAAAGGGCCGACACUGAUGCCAUGGGCAUUGACCCCAACUUAUCUGAGGCGGAGAAGAUUGCCAUCUUGACUGCAAACUCCCCCUUGAGCAAGUCAUUGAAGAAUAGACACUUGCAAAUGAUUGCCAUUGGUGGAAGUAUAGGUACUGGUUUGUUUGUUGGUUCGGGAAGUUCGUUGCAUACUGGUGGCCCUGCUGGUUUGCUUAUUGCUUAUAUUCUUAUAGGUACCAUGAUUUACUGUACCGUGCAAUCGUUGGGUGAAUUGGCCGUUACUUUCCCUGUGUCUGGUGCUUUUGUUACUUAUAAUACGAGAUUUAUUGAUCCCUCGUGGGGUUUCGCUAUGGCUUGGAACUAUGCUAUGCAAUGGCUAGUGGUGUUGCCUUUGGAAUUGGUGGCUGCUGCCGUGACGAUCAAGUUUUGGGACACGACGACUAACUCAGCGGCGUUUGUGGUGAUUUUCUACGUUUUGAUUAUUGCAAUCAACUUUUUCGGCGUUCGUGGAUAUGGUGAAGCUGAAUUCAUAUUCAGUGCCAUUAAAGUCACUGCGGUUAUUGGGUUUAUCAUCUUGGGUAUUGUAUUGGCUGCUGGUGGAUCUCCAAAUGGACGUGGAUACAUUGGCGGUAAGUACUGGCAACAUCCUGGUGCAUUUGCCAACGGGGUCAAGGGUGUCAUUACCGUCUUUGUUGGUGCUGCUUUUGCCUUUGCCGGUACUGAAUUGGUUGGUUUGGCAUCUGCUGAAUCAACUAACCCAAGGAAAUCAUUGCCAAAGGCUUGUAAGCAAGUGUUUUGGAGAAUCACCUUGUUUUACGUCAUUUGUUUGACCUUGGUUGGUAUUUUGGUUCCAUACGACAACAAUGAUUUGUUUAAUGCUGAAAACACUGCCUCUGCUUCCCCCUUUGUCAUUGCUAUCAAGUUGGGUGGUAUUAGUGGAUUGCCAUCAGUUAUGAAUGUUGUUAUUAUGGUUGCUGUCUUGUCAGUUGGUAAUGCCUCCGUUUUCGGUUCUUCGAGAACUUUGGCUGCAUUGGCUGCAUCCAACCAAGCACCAAAGAUUCUUGGUUACAUUGACAGACAAGGUAGACCAUUGGUUGGUAUCAUUAUCCAAUUGGCUAUUGGAGCCUUGUGUUUCCUUGCCGCAUCACCAAAACAAAAUCUUGUCUUUAACUGGUUGUUGGCCUUGUCUGGAUUAUCAUCAAUUUUCACUUGGGGAUCCAUCAACUUGUGUCACAUCAGAUUCAGAGCAGCAUUGAGAUCCCAAGGUAGAGAUACUGGUGAGCUUCCGUUUGUGUCGCAAGCUGGUUGGGUUGGUGCUUAUUGGGGUAUGCUUUUGAACUUGAUUGUCUUGUGUUUGCAAUUCUGGAUCGCUGUCUGGCCAUUGGGAACGAAACCAAAUGCCAAUGAUUUCUUUAUGAACUUUUUGACUGUGCCAGUUGUUCUUGUGUUUUACGUUGGUCAUAAGCUUUGGACCAGGAAUUGGAAAUUGUAUUACAGAGCCAAUGAGAUUGAUAUUGAUACUGGUAGAACUGAUUUGGAUUUGGACUUGCUCAAACAAGAAAUUGCUGAAGAAAAGGCCAUCAUGAGCGCCAAACCAUGGUACAAGAGACUCUAUCACAUCUUCUGUUAA